AUGGCGAAGAAAGGUGCUGCAUCUGCCGACAAGAAGCCUGUAGACAAGGCAGACGGCAAAAAAGGAAAGGGUAAAGCAGCCGAUGACGGAGACAAGGGAAAGGGUGCAUUGAAGGCAGCCACCGCCGUGAACGUGCGGCAUAUCCUUUGCGAGAAGCAUUCUAAGGCAAUGGAGGCUCUGCAAAAGAUCCAAGAAGGCCAGUCAUUCAACAAAGUUGCGCAGGAAUAUUCGGAGGACAAGGCCAAAGCUGGAGGAAGCUUGGGAUGGAUGGUAAGAGGUAGUAUGGUUGGGGCUUUCCAAGAUGCUGCAUUCGCUCUCACACCAUCCACUGUCGACAAACCCAUCAUCUCGUCCCUGGUUAAAACGAACUUCGGCUACCAUAUCAUCAUGGUUGAAGGUCGUCGCUGA